AUGGCGACCCACGAGCCCACAGCUCCAUCGAGGCAGGAGACGCUGGCCAGUAUCGCAAGCGAUGAGGCUGUUCCCGACACCGACCCGAACACCACCGCGGGCCUCCUCGCGGAGAGACUGCGGGCGUGGAAACAUGCCGUCGUCUACCUUGAAGAAUACAUGGGGGCCGUCGAGAAGAUUCACAAGGAGCAGGCGAAGGAGUACGAGAGAGUGUUGAAGACCAUCUCGAAACCCCUUAGAGAGGGCGAGCACUUCGACCAAAGUCUCGGCGGCGUGGCCGGCUUCUUCGAGAACAUGCGGGUCAACACGCAGGAACUCAUCAACAGCAAUCUCGAGACUGAGAAGAGCAUCAAGGGCACGGCCCUCCCGAUUGUCGAGCGCUUGCAUAAGGAAAUCAAGCACAAGGCCAAGGAGUUGGUCCACGGCGCCGAGAAGGCCGCGAAGGAGGUCGAGAAGGCUCGCAACACGACGCAAAAGCACAUUGAGCUCCUCGGUCAGCACACGGCCGCGUUCGAAGCCACCGGCGGGAAGGCCAACCCUACCGACGACCCCUACGUCAUCUCUCGCGGCGUCAUUCACCGGCUCAACAAGCAAGUCAUGGAGGAAAACAAUCAACACAACGACCUGGUCGCCGUCCAAACCAACUUCGAGACCUUCGAGCGGCACAUCGUCCAGGUAAUCCACCAAGCCAUGGAGACAUUCAACAACUUCACAGGCGGGCAGGCGCUCAAGGUGCAAGCACUCCACGCAGACAUGCUUGGCGCCGUACAGCGCAUCCCGCCCGACUUCGAAUGGAAGGCCUUCCUCAAACGCUCCAGCGACAAGCUCGCCAACCCGAACGAACCACCGCGCACCGUCGAGUCCAUCACAUUCCCCAACAUGGACCACCCCUCCACCAAGCCGCUCAUCGAGGGCUCCCUCGAGCGCAAGAGCCGUAACAAGCUCUCCUGGGGUUACUCCACGGGUUACUACGUCGUCACGCCGUCCAAGUUCCUCCACGAGUUCAAGGAUGACGACAACUUCCGCAAGGACCCGACGCCGGAGCUGAGCAUCUACCUGCCCGACGCCAUCAUCUCGGUGCCGAGCGGCGAGAAGUUCAGCGUCAAGGGCAAGGACCGCUCGGGCGGCAUAGGCGGCAAGCUGGCGGGCACGUCGGAGCUGUCCUUCAAGGCGCACUCGCCGGCCGAGGCGCAGAAGUGGUUCGAGGUCCUCAAGCGGGCCGCGGGGACGACGGGCCCGGCGGCGGUUGUCUCGGCAACGCCGACGCCCGGGAGCGAGGUCGCCAACCCGAUCGAUGCUGCGGCUGCGGCCGGCGAGAAGCCCAAGCCGACGGUUGCUGUCCCCGCGCCGCAGCAGCAGGAGACGGGCAUCACGGGGAGCGAGACGGUCGCUAGCCCUGUCACUGUGCCUGGUACACCUAUCUCAGUAAAGGCGGCGGAUGGUGGUGGGAGUGGAUCGAGUGAGAAGAAGGGGAGUGUGGGCUCCGCGGGGACGGGUUCCGCGGUUAAGGGGUAG